AUGGUGGCUUUGGCAGUGAGGGACUCUGUGGUGCUGUACAUGAGUACUAGCCAGCCCGUGGCUUUUGUCAGAAAAAUUCCCUGGACCGCAGCCUCAAGUGAGCUGAGCAAACACUUUGCUCAGUUUGGCCAUGUACAAAAGUACACUUACACUGUACCUUCUGACAAAGAUACCGGAUUUCGUAGGAAUAUGAAUUGGAUUCAGUUUUCUUCAGAAGAACUUAAGGAUGCACUACAACAAGAAUAUCAUAUUAUUGAUGGAGUAAAGCUCCAUGUCCAAGCUCAAAGACCAAAAGUUUUGCAAGGGGAUCAAACAUCUGAUGAAGAAAAAGAUUUUUGA